CGCGGCUUCGUCUCGUCUUAUCAGGAUUUCUUAUCAGUUAUCACAAACGAUGUUAGGAUUGUAUUGUUAGGACGAUGUGGAACUGGAUAAUUUUUCAAUUCAUUUUUUCGUUUCCAAAAAAUGUGUUUAAUUAGUGAAAUUAAAUAAUGCAACUUUCCUUCUCGUAAUUCGAAGUCUUGUUUCGUCGUACCACAUCGUAUAAGAAGUUUUCACUUCUUGAUUUGAAAUCACCAUUUCACAAUUAAAAUUUCCCGGCGUUUCAGUCUGCAGUAUUUUAUGAGCAAAAAAUGAGAGCAUUCUUACUGUUCUCGUACUGGUUUUUGAUUGCAUUAAAUGUUACUAAUGCUGCUAAAAUAUUAUAUAUCUUUCCCGUUGGCUGCAAAAGCAGUUUUUUGUUUCAUCAAAAAAUGAUCGAAAUUCUCGUUAACCACGGACACGACGUCACUGCAAUUAGUAAAUUUCCCCAAGAUGCGAAACGUCUGAACUACACCGAUAUCGGUGUAUCUGAACAUCUGUACAGUAUGGCAGAUGCUAUAUCAGUCACCAAUAAUCCUCGUGGAUCGUAUGAGAAUCUGUAUAUACCGUAUAGUGGUCAGUUACAGAAUUGUGAAAAAGCAUAUGCUGAUAAUAAGAUAAAAGAUUUGCUCUCAGAAAAAUUUGAUUUGGUAUUGUUGGAGGUAGCGGCGACUAAAUGUUUCGUACCGCUAGCGUUUUCAUUCCGGGUUCCAGUCAUCGGAGUGGUCGCUGGUGCUGUAGUUUUUUCUGAUUUUGAUGGAUUUAUUGGUAAUCCUGGGAAUCCGUCGUAUGUUCCAGCCAUCAUGAGUGGUGUGUCUCCUAAAAUGAGUUUUUCUCAAAGAGUACUCAAUACAUAUGAAUUCAUCUUACAUUGGUUGUUCAGAUGGUACUACACGCGUCAAGGAGAUGUCGUUGCUCAAAAGUACAUCAAGGGAACACCUCCGAUUGAAGAUCUCUUCACCAAUACUUCCUUGAUAUUUUAUAACAGUCAUUCUACGUUCUUACCUCAACCUCUGGCUCCGAAUACCAUUGAAAUAGCUGGAAUUCAUUUAGAAAAACCUAGACCGUUACCGAAAGAAAUCAGAGAUUUCGUUCAGAAUGCACCAAAUGGGAUAAUUUUCGUAAGCUUAGGAUCAGUUGUACAGUUCAGCAGUUUUCCGAAAGAAAUUCACGAUAUAUUUUUAAAAGUAUUUUCUCGACUCCCGUAUCAUAUCAUUUGGAGGCAUAAUAAACCAGAAGAAAUACGAAACCUGCCUAAAAAUGUUCUGGUACAUCAAUGGCUACCACAAAAUGAUAUUUUAGGUAGGCUAGCUGAAGAGAAAACUGUGCUGUUCCUGAGUCAUUGUGGAAUAUUCAGUAUUUACGAAGCUAUUCAUUAUAGCAUACCUAUUCUUUGUAUUCCAGUUUUGUAUGAUCAGUUUUCCAAUGCAGCCAUUAUGGAAAAUUUAGGAAUCGGUUUGAAAAUAGACUAUCGAAAUAUUACCGAAGAAUUGUUAUCGGGAUCAAUUUACGAAAUCUUGAACCAAAAACGAUUCUCUGAUAAUAUAGAACAUCUGUCAGAAAAAUUUAACGAUCGUCCACUUAGUGCCGAAGAAACCUUUAUCUACUGGAUUAAUUACGUGAUUCGCUUCGGAGGGGCUACGCAUUUGAAACCAAAUUCUUCAGGACUACCAUUUUAUAAAUACUUACUCUUGGACGUGAUUUUAUUCGUUAUUCUUACAUUAUAUUUUCUAACUCAAUUCGUGUAUAUGUCUUAUAUUUUAAUAACAACAAUCUCUUUCCGAAAAGAGAAAUUGAAUUGAUGUUUUUGUGUCUCUCAUGUAUCAAGAUAUUUAUAAUGUAAUUUCAUGUGAUGAAUUGCUGUGCUAUAUAAUUAGGUAUUAAAUCAUUUCGUUUUCAUUACUAUUCAA